UGUUAAACUUCAUUUCAGUAAAUUUGACAAAACUUUUUCUUGACUGGAAUGAAAAUGAAGGCGUCUCCCGCGCUCGUGCUCUGCGUGUCCGUCACCGUUUACUUCGCGCAAUCUCAGCUUCAGCUGCGCGUGCGCCCGUCCCCUAGCGAACACCUGCCGGUACCGGACCUGCACGAGGACCCUGACCCGGCGCUGGAACCGGGAGAGAGGGAUUUAACCCCUCGGCUGCUGCGGAGGAAACUCGGCAGCAGUUUUGACCCCGUCUUCUCUUCGACCGGUCCACCAACGCGAGGUAACGGGUCCGAAAUUACGCGAGAGGACGAGAUCAGUCUCGCCGGACCGAUACCCCGUGAAUUUCAGCAGCUGGAUUUCACUGGUCUUAAAGCAGCCGCGAAAACGGAGCGCAGGGUUCGCCGGUGGUUGUGGUCGUACACGCAGUGCCCGGUGCUGUCCAUGUGGAAAGAUCUGGGCGUGCGUUUCUGGCCGAGAUACGUCAAAGAAGGACAGUGCUCAACCAAGCGCUCGUGCUCUUUACCGGAGGGGAUGUUUUGUAAACCGGUGCAGUCCGUGAGCGUCACGCUCCUCCGGUGGCACUGCCAGCAGGGCUCUCGCGCGCUCAAGCGAUGCGCGUGGAUCCGCGCGCACUACCCGGUGAUUUCACAGUGCGGCUGCGCGUGCUGAAGCUGAAGACCACAGUUUGACCAGUUUAAUGAUCCUAAAAUGGUUUA